AUGGACUCGUCGGCGCUGGAGCGGGACGCCGUGCAGUUCGCGCGGCUGGCGGUGCAGCGCGACCACGAAGGGCGCUACUCGGAGGCGGUGUUUUACUACAAGGAAGCUGCACAAGCCUUAAUUUAUGCCGAGAUGGCAGGAUCAAGCCUAGAACAUAUUCAAGAAAAAAUAAGUGAAUAUCUGGAAAGAGUUCAGGCUUUACAUUCUGCAGUCCAGUCAAAGAGUGCUGAUCCUUUGAAAUCAAAACAUCAGUUGGACUUGGAGCGUGCCCAUUUCCUUGUUACACAAGCUUUUGACGAAGAUGAAAAGGGGAAUGUUGAAGAUGCUAUAGAAUUGUAUACAGAAGCCGUAGAUCUCUGUCUAAAAACUUCCUAUGAAACUGCUGAUAAAACUCUGCAAAAUAAACUGAAACAGUUGGCUCGACAGGCACUAGAUAGAGCAGAAGCAUUGAGUGAGCCUUUAACAAAGCCAUUAUGCAAAAUCAAGUCAACCAACAUUAAACCAAAGCCACCUCCAACAAGAGCACAUUUUCCACUAGGAACUAAUCCCUUUCUUGAAAGACCUCAGCAAUUUAUAAGUCCACAGGCAUGCGAUGCACAAGGACAGAGAUAUACGGCAGAAGAAAUAGAAGUUCUCAGGACAACAUCAAAAAUAAAUGGUGUAGAAUAUGUUCCUUUCAUGGCUAUUGACCUGAGAGAACGUUUUGCCUAUCCAAUGCCUUUCUGUGAUAGAUUGGGCAAGCUACCAUUAUCACCUAAACAAAAAGCUAUGUUUUCCAAAUGGGUACGCCCAGAAGACCUCAGCAACAAUCCUACAAUGAUUUACACUGUGUCCAGUUUCAGCAUAAAACAGACAAUAGUAUCAGAUUGUUCCUUUGUCGCAUCACUGGCUAUUAGUGCAGCUUACGAAAGACGAUUUAAUAAGAAGUUGAUUACCAGCAUAAUUUACCCUCAGAAUAAGGAUGGUGAGCCAGAGUACAAUCCAUGCGGAAAGUAUAUGGUAAAACUUCACCUCAAUGGUGUCCCAAGAAAGGUGAUAAUUGAUGACCAAUUACCUGUUGAUCAUAAGGGAGAAUUGCUCUGUUCUUAUUCUAACAACAAAAGUGAAUUAUGGGUUUCUCUCAUUGAAAAAGCAUAUAUGAAAGUUAUGGGAGGAUAUGAUUUCCCAGGAUCCAACUCAAAUAUUGAUCUUCAUGCACUGACUGGGUGGAUACCAGAAAGGAUUGCUAUGCAUUCAGAUAGCCAGACUUUCAGUAAGGAUAAUUCUUUCCGAAUGCUUUAUCAAAGGUUUCACAAAGGGGAUGUCCUCAUCACUGCAUCAACUGGAAUGAUGACUGAAGCUGAAGGAGAAAAGUGGGGUCUGGUUCCCACACAUGCAUAUGCUGUUUUGGAUAUUAGAGAGUUCAAGGGGCUGCGAUUUAUCCAGUUGAAAAAUCCUUGGAGUCAUUUACGUUGGAAAGGGAGAUAUAGUGAAAAUGAUGUAAAAAACUGGACCCCAGAGUUACAAAAAUAUUUAAACUUUGAUCCUAGAACAGCUCAAAAAAUAGACAAUGGAAUAUUUUGGAUUUCAUGGGAUGAUCUCUGCCAAUAUUAUGAUGUGAUUUAUUUGAGUUGGAAUCCAGGUCUUUUUAAAGAAUCAACAUGUAUUCACAGUACUUGGGAUGCUAAGCAAGGACCUGUGAAAGAUGCCUAUAGCCUGGCCAACAAUCCCCAGUACAAAUUGGAGGUGCAGUGUCCACAAGGGGGCGCUGCAGUUUGGGUUUUGCUUAGUAGACACAUAACAGACAAGGAUGAUUUUGCAAAUAAUCGAGAAUUUAUCACAAUGGUUGUAUACAAGACUGAUGGGAAAAAAGUGUAUUAUCCAGCUGACCCGCCCCCAUACAUUGAUGGGAUUCGAAUUAACAGCCCUCAUUAUUUGACUAAGAUAAAGCUGACCACACCUGGGACCCAUACCUUUACAUUAGUGGUUUCUCAGUACGAAAAACAGAAUACAAUCCAUUACACAGUCCGGGUAUAUUCAGCAUGCAGCUUUACUUUUUCAAAGAUUCCUUCACCAUACACCUUAUCAAAGCAGAUUCAUGGAAAGUGGAGCGGUCAGAGUGCCGGAGGAUGUGCAAAUUUCCAAGAGACUCAUAGAAAUAAUCCCAUUUACCAAUUCCAUAUAGAAAAGACUGGGCCAUUACUAAUUGAACUAAGAGGACCAAGGCAGUAUAGUGUUGGGUUUGAAGUUGUAACAGUGUCUAUGGUGGGAGAUCCUGGUCCCCAUGGCUUUCAGAGGAAAUCUAGUGGUGACUACAGGUGUGGGUUUUGCUACCUGGAAUUCGAAAAUAUACCUGCUGGGAUUUACAAUAUCAUUCCCAGUACAUUUUUGCCUAAACAAGACGGACCUUUUUUCUUGGACUUUAAUAGUAUUAUUCCCAUCAAGACAACACAGCUUCAGUGA